UGAAUUUGUUACCUCACUCAAAUAACUCAAUGAAGGAAUGCAAUCGAAAACGCACUAGAACAUGUUGCGAUCCAUUGAUUGAUGCAUGUCUUAUCUUCAAACUUCUUUUCAGUGAAAGUCAAAGGAAUCAGCGCACAAUCAGUGUGACUUACAAUUAGCAGUGCCGUUUUAUCAACAUCAUUGCUUGCGAUUUGCAUUUGUAGAGCUAGAGGUGUAUUUACGCUGGCACGCACACGCUACAAGAUCGAAGCUGAACUUCGGGCCGAUUUUUUACAACAUGAAGUAGAGUUUGUUGAAAGUAAUAUAGUAAAUCGUUUAUUUUUCUUUGCAACCGCUAUCCUAUUCGAACGAAACUACAAGCAGCAAAAUGGCGUUUUUUGGUCUGAAGGUGAAGCCGGGAAAGCCGGUCGCAGUCGAGGAUCCGUUGUCCCCUAUGUUGUUUUUGUCUCGCGUCACGGUGCCCGCUGACAUGCAGAAGGGGCAGAAAGCGACGCUGAAAAUCAUCUCAGCGCAGGACAAACAAAAGUAUAAUUUGAAUCGUAGAUACACGUUACAAGAUCGAAAGUUCUUCAACACGCAGAAGUGUCUGCAUUUUUACCGCGGCUGAUGAAUAAAUGGCGAAAUAAAUGUAAAUAGUUCUUGUCUGCUACAGCUUUCAUCUGCCUGAAAGUGAAAAACCAAGCCACGAAGUUCUAAUUCUAGUUCUACAGAUUUUCGAAAAAAAUAACAGCCCGUCUGGAUUUGCCGUUGCGGUGUUGAAGCCAGGUUUCGAAUCGGCCGCUGUCAACCUCUAUGUUGAUCUAUGCAUUGCAAAAGUAUCGUACUAGUAGUAAUUGCAACACAAAUUUGCUCAGCAUGACAAAUGGAAUUUGUCAUGCUGAUUUGCGUUGGGAACGAGAUUUGUAAUGCAUGACUGCAAUUACUACGAGUACGAUACUUUUGCACAGGAUAUGAUCCGAUGGAAACCAAAUUCGUAGCUGACGGGCCGGUUGCCCUGGAUUUGACCGGAUACUACGCACCGGAUCAAGGGGAUGACGAUGACGAUAUGGAUUGUAAAAAUGUCUGGGUCUGGGAGAUUGCGAGACUUGUCAUGCUAAUCUGGCAUGACUCUGGCAUCUGUAUUGCGUGGCAGCCAAGAGCUCCUCUAGCCUGUCAAGUAAACACGCAGUUUCUCAUGCGGAAUACGCAACACAGAAGCAUGAAAAAACUUGUCAUGCUUGGCGGCGCAUAUACAGUGUCCGUAUUAUUCAGUGACCUGCAUCACAACUUUCCAGACCCAGACAUUUUUGCAUUUGAUAGACGAGUCGAUGGAGUCGAUGGAUCUGGAUGAGGAAAAGGCAACGCAAGGCGAGGAAUCUUCCGACAAGGACAAGGUACUACACACAAGCUGAUUUCGAUUUUGAAUAAAAGUAAAUCUUAAAACUGAAUUUCACCUAAAUCCGAAGUAUGUAGGGAUAACGAUAGCAUAGCUGUCGUGCUGACCUCUACUCGAAUAGUAAUAUGACACGACGCUGCUAACAGCAACAGACCACGUCCUUGCUCGCAUGAAAUGAUAGAUAAGUUUAAGUAGUACAUCACGGCCAACAACAUCUUCACUACAGAAGCGCGCGGAGGACAAGAAGUUUUGCCGCGACGUGGAGAAGCGGUCGCACUUGGUGCCACCAUAUCAACUGUAAAAAUGUCUGGGUCUGGAAGAAUCCAACUUGUCAUGCUGAUUUUGGAUUCUAAACAAAUCUGUAUUGCAUGAGCAGCAAAGAGAGUCCAAGUUUUGCUACACGGAAAGAGCAUUUGUCAUGCGGUAUAGGCAUCAGCAAGCCCUCACAAAAUCUGUGACGCUAGGGCAUGCAUCACAGACGUCAGGAGUCAUGCAAAAUGUGCAUGACAAACCUGGCAAUCUUCCAGACCCAGACAUUUUUACAUUUGAUACACCAACGAUGGACGACGAGGAGGAGGAGGAAGAAGAGGAGUACGAGUCUGACAGCGAAUUGGAAAAAACGGUAGCUAUGCUGAAUGACCGCGCCGCUGUCAGUGCUGGUGCUGCAAAGAAGGAUCAGCAGCCCGCGUCCGAGUCGGCUGACAAAAAAAAUGUAACCUCAACUACUCCUGUGGAGAAGAAAAGCGAGCAAGUGUCUCCUGCCGCCGCAAAGCCGAAAAUUGAAGCCGUGGAACUGCAGAACGACGUUCCCUCCGCCGCUCCUGCGACGGAGGAACAGAAGAAAACCGAAGACAAAAAGAACGCAGGCGCAAAGCCAACCACGACCAGUGCCGACAAGAACGAGAAGGAGGUAGCAAAACCGGCUGCCAAGGAAACCGUCGAGUCGGACCUCGAAGACAUGAGCAGUACUAUACUUGGUUCCGGGCGACUUCGAUAGACUUUAGAGCGCUUAGUUAUAGAUGCACUAUAGUUGAACUUUAGAUAAACUAUAGACUUUUUGUGUUCGGCCGUGAAUUCUUUGUGGCCCUCCCGUUGGCGCCUGCCUUGUUGGCUGCCCAUACUCACGAAAAAGCUCGCAUUGCUCGAAUUUACGGGCAAAAGCCCGGACUGUCAGACCAAAAGCCCGGACGGCCAGGCACUCACUUCCGAGAUCUUCUGCGGCCUCGCACCUGCCUCGCCGCCUCUCCAUCCUGCUGGUUGGCCCAGCUUUCCGCGCUGAAUUCGCCAAGCAAAGGCAUAUUUUGGCGCAAGGUUUCCCGCGCGCCCGCAGUUUGGCGGAUUUCUUCAACCAUGUGGCGCAAGAACAGCCGGACCAUUGUCGCAGCGCCGGCUGGCCUCCCCCCUCUGUCUUGAUCCAUAUGCAGAAAAAAAGAGGCGCCGGAGUGAAAAAGUGCGCAAAGUCAAACACUUUUAAAGCAAAAGUCAUGGACUUGGCACACUUUUUCGGCCCUGCGCCUGUUUUCUGCAGAGUUCGUGGCGCCAUGAUCUUUGCGUGGGUGGCGCAUUGCCUGCGUCGCGCGGCGGAAAAAGGUAGGCGGCCGGAUGAUGUCUGUACAUAUGUCGAUCGUGUUCAGAAAAGCUCUCUGCCAUUUGUGCAGGAUUCGUUUCAGAAAUUCCUGCCUGAGCAGGCAGCUCUUUCUAUUAAAAAGCAGCUUUUUUCCAAUAGAAAAAGCUGCCGCAGGCAGCUUUCACGGAGGCAACUUUUUCUAUGUGUUGGAAAAAAGCUGCCUGAGGCGGCUUUUUGGCUCAAUUUGGAAAAAGCUGCCCAGGCAGCUUUUGUUUUUUAUCUGAAAAAAGCUGACUGAGGCAGCUUUUGUUAUUUGACAAAAGCUGUCUGAGGGAGCUUUGUUAUUUGUGCCAAGGAAACCGUCGAGUCGGACCUCGAAGACAUGAGCAGUAUACCUUUUUGCGUUUUGAGUAGUAGUUAAGGGUUGAAAAAGUUAAGGUUUGCGUCAGGGUUCUUUUGGUUCGUGGUUUCAUAGAUGUCGCAGCCCCCGCCAUUGUUCCUGUUCGCACAGAUUUUGUGCGAGGUCAUCGCCCAUCCAGAUUUUGUGCGAGGUGUCGCCUCAAUUCUGACGAGCGCGCGCUGGCUGAUUUGUGGGUCAGCAUUUCCCUCGAGAUCUAGGCUGGCAUCUACGCCAGGCGAGCCGCCUCGCCCCGCGCGUUACUUGGUACACGGGGCAGGCUGCCCGGCUUUUAUGCCUCCGGAUCUCGUUCCGCAAUCUUGCGGGACGACGUUCGGAGGCAGAGGUAGAACACCUUCCUGGCCAACCACAGAGAUUUUUGUCUCUGUGGUGGCUGCCGCCAAGGCGGCAAGGUUUUGCUCAGGGUUUUGCUUCGAAAAGGCUCACCGCAAUCGAAGCAAAAACUUAUUUUUUUCGGGAGCUUCCCCCGAGCUAAUAAAAUAAGUUUUUGCUUUCGCUUUGCUCUCCUUUUUGUGAACGAAAGCGCGGAGUUGUUCUGGGCCGGUAGGUUCGCCCAUAUCGUGUCCAGGCAACCUGCCUGGCCUUGCAAGCUACUUGGAACAAAUGGCAGGGCGCCCGGCUUUUCUGCCUCCGGAUCUCGUUCCGCAAUCUUGCGGGACGACGUUCGGAGGCAGAGGCAGAGCACCUUCCUGGCCAACCAAAGAGACGCCUGUUGAUGCUGAGGCGUCCGCCGCCGACCUCAUCUGCAAACCAAAGCCCGAUUUUAUUAGGUGGCGUUUCGGAGAAAAAAUAAUUAAGGUUGUGGUUUGAAGAUGAGGUCGGCAACCCGGUUUGCCCGGGGCUUCCUCCGAGCUAGUAAGGUAUGCCAAAGAAGCCGUCGAGUCGGACCUCGAAGACAUGAGCAGUAUACCUUUUUGCGUUUUGAUUAGGGGAGAAAAAUCCAUUGCUAUCAUCAAAAUCCUGACCAGAACACGCGAAAAAAAAAGGCUGUUUUUUGGGGCUUUAAACUUUUUCUUUUUUUAGGCAGUCGACGUCUUCGCGCAACCACUCCGAAUAAACGUCUGGGCCCGCCUGGGCAGCCAUGGUUUGUCGCUGCUUCGGUUGUCGGGUCUUCUUGGAGUCUUGCCCCACAUGUGCCGGCCGUUCAAGGCGAGGGAGCCCCGGCUGUGAGCGCGCAGCCCUUAGCAAGGCUUCAGGAUUUCUGCUCCUCGCCACUGUCGAUGGCGCUUGCGGGUUCCCAAGGCGAGAGCUUUCGAAAGAACAAGACAGCGCCAUUAGAUUUCGUCCUGCCCGGCCCCGAAGGGGGGUGGCUAGGGGGGUCGGUUUUGCGGGUACGUCAAAUCGCCGGAUUCUAUAGGGGAGAAGGGGGUCACUUUUGGGGGUCGUUUUUGGGGGUGGCUUCUGGGGCUCUUGUUAUUGUUGGCAAGUGCGGCCUCGUAGGUCUGACUCUUCCCGCCAGACCGAUCGGGCCACAACAGGACUGGACUUGAUGCGCCCGCCGGGCUGCGUCGGUCCUAGAACCGGGGCGAUGGCCUGACCGCCUUCGGCACCUGGGAAACACGGGGGGCGAGCACCCGGCGGCGCCGCUCACUCCUUCUACCCAAUGGCUUCCUGCUGAAGUUUUCAUUUAUGUGAAACGCAAAAGCCGCAAGCUAAAUUUGCCGGGGCUGCGGCGCUCGCAAGCGGUCUGCCAAAUAGGGCGAGACCCCCCAAAAAACAGCCAAUAGGCUGCCAAGGAAACCGUCGAGUCGGGCCUCGAAGACAUUAUGGAUUGCAAAUAUGUCUGCGUCUGGAAGAAGACAAACUUGUGAUGCGCAUUUCAGAACACAGAAGAAUCUCUCAUGCAUAGGUAGCAAACGCUGCCCAAUUUCUGUCACCAGAGUGGGCGAUUUGUCAUGCGGAUUCGGCAUUGCGAAAGCUUCUCGAAACCUGUUAUGAUAGAGCUUCCAUGCCACACCUUCUCUGUCAUGCAAAACCAGCAUGACUCUUCCAGACCCAGACAUUUUUACAUCUGAUAGACAUGACGAGCAGUAUACCUUUUUGCGUCUCGAGCAGUAGCCUUGCCGCCAUUUCACGAUCCAUAUCCCCUGGCUUAUGCUUUACCAAUGAAUUGAUAUCUUCUUCUUCAUCAAUCUAUGAUAACGAAAAUAAAGAGGGGCUGCGGCAACUUCUUGGACUACUUCUAUACAUAGCAUGGUGCGACGAGGACAACCACAACUUCCGUGUUGAGUAUGAAAAUCAAAUGAAUAACUAAAAUAUCGAAAAACGCAGCUGACGAAGAGGAAGAGUUAUACGAAGAGGAGGAUUUCGACCCCGACGAGGAAAUCAUCGCCCUUGUGCGGGAGGCGAAAAGCCGCGGCCUGCAGAUCAAUCCAGCCUUGCUGGCGAACUACGAGGAGGCCCUUCGUCGCACCGGAGAAGAGGACAUGGAAUUGGCGCCCCCGACCAAGAAGCAGAAGCCGGCUGCAGAACAGGGGGCCAAAACGGUGGCACCCCCUCAAGGGAAUAAAAGCAACCAGAACAAGCAGACCAACGUCAAAGUGAACAAGAAAUAAACAAGCCUGGCAAGACUAAGACACGGAUCGCUGGCGCACCAGUAUUGCCGCCCAUCUGCAGCACGAUUAUAAAAUCAUGGCGCUUCACCUUUAUCUGAUCGGCAUAAACAAUUUUUUGUGUUGAUGAAAUACAACGAAGGAACUAAGUGUAAAUGUUGAUCGAAGCUAGGAAACGAGGAAUGUUGCCAUGGCAAUGAAGGCCAGGCGCCAUCUUCACUACAUGUUAACGCGGCAAUGAAUCAUGAUGAACUUGAACUUUCUGGUGCCCUGCAUUUUCAUUUUUAUUCAAACACGCGCUGCACGAACACAUAGCACCCUCCUCAUACAUAUGUACUUUAGUAGUAUUUUUUACUCUCAGCAGCAACAUCAUAUCCAGGAUGAUCGAGAGUAGUACGCUCCACACGUAUUUUCGCUUCAGUCUAGACAGGCCCGGUACCGUACUACACGACGACGCAACAAAAAAAGAUCGAAAAGGACGACAAAUCAAAAUCUGACCUUCAUGCAAGCAAGCUAUUCCGACUCCAUCCAUCUCCAACAACCUCAUGAUCUGCAGCAGCAGGCGUGGUCAUGAUGAUCUUUUAUUUCAUUUGUCUCUCUCCAUUGCAGCAAAG